GCUGUUGCUAAGGACGCUACAAUGGCGAGCACAUGUACCCGGAAGUAUAGGGAGCCCGCUCUGUGACGGACAUACCAAGGCUCGGAAUCACACACUGGACGUUACUCGGUGAAUAAGUUUAGUUCCUAAAUCCAUGGGUUGUGGCAGCAGCCAAAGUGGCCACACAGAGCCGAGCCAUGCAUCUCCACACCAACCGCAGCCAUAUUCACGCAGCGAAGAAAAUCAGCAUACACACCUGCCUACACAGAAGACAGUUCCGAUACAUGUGUCAAAUGACAAUACACCUGACGGAGCCCAAGAGGACAGAAAGGGAGAUCCGAAAGAGGAGGAGCCGAAAAGAGACAUAUCGACAGGUGAGGAUACGAAGCACCGCGAAGAAAGCCCGAAUGAAGAUGGACCGACAACCAAUACAGCACCUAAAGACGCAGAUCCAACUGAGGUUGAUGACGGUCUAGUAACUGAAUCCGAUAUGCGCGGACAGGAAGAGGAGACUCGGUCCAAUGAUCGUUGUGAGACGAAUCAAGAACCACCUGUCAUGCCUGAGCCUCUCAACGAAGAACCUGUCCAACAGGAAAAGAGUGAUGGUUCGGAAAUUCCGGAAAAUUACCCUCAGCCUGCAGCCCAGGAGCAAGGUCAAAAUGAUCAAGAGGUUCUGGAUGGUUCUGAGAAUACAGACAUAAAUCAGGCGUGUAGUGAAACCCUUAGGGAACCAGGAUCAUUAAAUGUGCAUGAUGGCUGCACCCCUGUUUCGAUAGAAACUAUAGACAACCCUAAAAACGACAACGCUGACAGGUUUGAUGAAAGAGCUACAGCGGAACUCCAGGAAAGGACUGUGUCUAUGGAGGCUGUAAAGCAGGGUCUACUCUAUGGGGAUGCAAGCGUUCAGUGCCCAAAGACAGCUAAGAUAGUUAGGAUCUUCCUCAGCAGUACAUUCACAGAUACCAUACAGGAGAGGAACCACCUACUGGAGAGGAGUUACCCCCACCUGAAGGCCGUGUGUAAGAAGAAGGGGUACGAGUUUCAGCUGGUGGACAUGAGGUGGGGGGUUGGGCAAGGAAUAGCCAAUGAUCACAUGACCAGUGACAUGUGCUUCCGGGAGAUCAAACUGUGUCAGCAGCUCUCGACAGGGCCUAACUUCGUGACACUGUUAUCUCACAAAUAUGGCUACUACGCAUAUCCACGCCAGAUCGAGGCUAAGCUCUACAGACAGCUCAUGGCGACUGUGACGUCAGCGGAGGACAAGACGCUGAUGGAGAAGUGGUUCAUUGAAGACACCAACGCCGACCCGCCGCAGUUUAUACUAUUGCCAGUUAGUACACACUACCCUCAGUUUAUGUCCCCUGACUUUGAAGUCUACAACCAGGUCCGGAAACUGUGGGGCAAUGACUGUAACGGAAUCAUUAACACUCUCAUAGCUGCUGCCAAGGAGGUGUUUGAUGAGGAAGACGCUUCACGCUUCAUACUAGGGGUUACAGAAAGAGAGAUUGAGGAGGGUAUACUGAAGAACCCUGGGAAUGAUACGUGUUUUUGGUUAAAACGGGAAAUUCGGGAUCUGGAUCUCGAGUAUAAAAGUAUAUCCAAAUAUAAAGACACUUUGGGUGAUGAUGACUGGGCUUUGCGGAACGCUCGGCUCUUCAACAACCUUGAGACGCAGCUGAAGGCUACACUCCCUGCGUCCAGUGUGGAGAAGAUUUCAGUGGACUGGUCAGAUAAUGCCAUUGACCCACAGUCCAACCCUAAGCACAGAGAGUAUAUUGAUGAACUGUGUACGGCGUUUGAAACUCGGGUGGAGGACAUCUUCACCAAAGCAGCAGGAGCCCUCACUUCCGAGGGUUUCAAUGACAGGCUGCUAGCGGAGCUGGCCCAGCACAUAGCCCUGGCGCAGGCCAAGUGUAAGGACUUUUAUGGAAGAGAAGAAUUGAUGAAGAAGAUCAAGUCGUAUCUUCUUGCUGAGAAAGGACCCACUAAGCCUUUACUUAUAUUUGGAACGUCCGGAAGUGGCAAAACAACGAUCAUUGCCAGGACGAUGAAGGAGACUUUCGAAUGGAGAGAUGGAAAUGUUGCUAUAGUUACCAGGUUCAUCGGUACGACUCGAGAGAGCUCGCGCGUGGGAACAGUGCUGGCCAGUAUGACAAGUCAGAUCCAGAAGAUAUAUGACAAGGAACAUUCUUCAGACGAGUUUCAAAGUUUCAGUGAAACAUGUGAACGGUUUACGUCCAGCUUGAACAUGGCGACCAGUGCCCGUCCCCUCGUCGUGCUGCUGGACAGCUUCGAGCAGCUGGACCCCAUGGAGGAGGCAAUGAACCUCGCCUGGAUUCCCAGACCUCUCCCACCUAACGUGAACAUCAUCAUCUCCUGUCAGGAAGAUGGGGACAUCAAAGAGAGGCUAACGGACGUUGUUAAACCAAAUGAGCACAAACUGGAAGGAUUUUCCUCUGAGGAUGCAAUGAGCACACUGAAGCAAUGGCUACAACAGGAAGGUCGUAGUUUGACGAAUACUCAGCUGGAUGAGGUUGAGUCUGCUUUUGCCAGAUGCAGCCUCCCUCUGUUUGUUCGCCUGACUCUUCAAGAGGCUCUGAGGUGGAAAUCCUUCUCGCCUCCCGCAGAGACACGGCUGAAGGACACAGUCAAGGAAGCUGUCCGUGCUUUCUUUCAACGCAUUGAGCAAAACCAUGGGCACAUCUUUACACGCCAUGCUCUGGGCUAUAUAACUCUUGCCCGUCGCGGUUUGAGUGAAAGUGAGUUGGAAGACAUCCUGUCUUGCGACGAUGAAGUGUUGAACGAGGUCUUCAGCUUCUGGGUCCCACCAAUCAGGCGAUUGCCUCCCUUGAUCCUGGUUCGACUAAAGAAUGACCUUGACCUGUACAUAGCUCAGCGGGAGAUAGACAACACCCCUGUCUUGUUGUGGAAUCACCAGCUGUUUAAAGACGUUGCACGUGACAUGUACUGUAGUGACGUCACCGUCACCACGACGUUGCAUGAGAAUUUGGCGGACUUUUUCUCAGGAAAAUGGUCAGACUGUACAAAACCCUUUAAAGACAGAAAAGGAGAGAACGGAAGUGCCGACAGGCGUGUUACCGCCCAACCAGUCAUGCAUGAAGAGGGGGCAAAUUUGAGAAAGCUGAAUAGUCUGCCAUGGCACUUAAUGCAGCUUCACGACUCCUCAAGACUGAACGAAGAAUGUUUAUUCAACAUCGAGUUCCUCACAGUGAAGAUGAAAUACACUAGUGUAAGGUAUGUCAUUGAUGACUUCACGGAUGCGAUGACGUGUGUGGAAGAAGAGAGGAAGUUGUACAGGACGAUCAGGGACGCCAUUCAGAUAUCCCAGAAGGCACUUUUCAUUGACGUCAAUGAACUUCCGACACAGCUUCUUAACAGACUCGGGAAGAAAGAUGAUAGCUAUAGACUUCUGAUGGACAACUGCCGCAAAGUGGCGUUCCCGAUCUUGAUAUGUGACCAACAACUUCUAGCGACACCUGGUGGCAAUCUACAACAUUCCUUCCCGAGUCACCAAGGAAGAGUUGUCUCCCUUGAUUUAACGCGUGAUGACAACACUGCUGUCACCUAUGGAGUGGACAGAAAGGUCAUGAUUUGGGACGUGGCAAAUGGAUGUCUUCUGCAGUCAUUUCAUACUGGGGAGGAGGAGCCAAUCAAAGCCCUUCUUGCAUACGACGACCAGAACAUCGUUGUCGUAACCAACCAGAGUCUUUCUACCUUCCACAGGAAGUCUGGGAAACGGAUAGGAAAUGUUACUUUUCAAAGUCUUCAAAUCAGUGUCCCGGCUGUCUGUGUUGCUGGUUUUACACGAGAUGCCAAAACUAAGAUGCACGUGCAUAAUCCGUUCGUGUUGGCGUUGACAAACACCCAGAUAAUCAAGGCGGGCGCGAGGAAGCUUGAUGUGAGACACAUGGAGAAGCACAAGAUUGAUGAACUGGCUAGGGGGAAACUUGGACGGGAUUCAAUCUGUGUAGGCUUCAGCGGCUACAUUGCUGUCACGGAUGAAGACCGAUAUCAUCUGCAAGUCUUCUCCUUGAAGGACUUCAGGCGUCAGGCUUUAACACGGGUCUAUCUAGCAUUUGAGCCUGGGGAGAACCUAGGACUGACAAUAGACGCCAUCUGUUUCUCUAAGGGGGGUGACUAUCUGUUCGUCUCCAACUGGAGGGAUGGAGAUAUCCUGUGUCUGGACCUGAAGGACUUGAAAGGGACGAGCAGACUCUCGGGGGAAGAUCGGCCAGACAACUUCCGGGUGACACAGGAUGAGGGUAUUCUGUAUUUCCCGUCAGACACCAGAGUUGUACUCCGAGAUAACCGAGACCAGGGCCGUACAUGCGUAGCUGAACAUCCAUGUCGUGUUCUGUUCUGCGCAACAAAUGCUUUCGACCCACUCGUGACAGUCGGAGAGGACAGCGUCAUUAGACUGUGGCGGUAUAACGCUUCCUCCAAACUGGCGUGGCCUGAGAAAAGAAGUCAAGUAGAAGAACCCGCAAAUAUGAUACGGAGACUGUGCCUGUUCCGGAACCCCCGUUAUGCCCUGGCCCUGAAGGUGGCCACAGAUAGGUCAAGACAGGUGCUGGUGCAGGACCUGCUCGAGGGCAGACUCGUCAGAUGCGCCACGUGUAAGGGUAACUUGGAGAUGGAGAUGUACGAAGAAGAGCCUGGGAAUGUGACAGCUGUGAUACGAAGUCCGUCGGGGAAACUGUGCAUUCUUGACCUUGAACACAUGUCCCUGACCCGCCUUGACCUUUCAACCAAAGACCUUUCGCCAACAAAACGGUCAUUUCGGAUCCUCAAGAAACAUGAAGGUAUUGUGGCAGUCAGUAGUGGCGGCGACAGUAUGGAUAUCUACGAUCUCAGGAGGAACACUCAGGAGAAACUUCAUUGUGAAAAAGAAACCAUAGAAAACUUCCAGCUGAACGAGACGGAAACAGUGUUGGCCGUGGCUACAGAAGAUGGGUCGUGUAUCGUCUAUAAUCUGGAGAAAAAAGUCCUGCUUUUUUGUCUCAAACCAGAAGAUAUUUGCCCCGAAAGUCCGGACAGCUGUGACUUCCUAAAAGUGUCAGGUGUCACAAAUGACGGGAAGUUCCUGGUUCUGGAAACUGAGGAUUUGCCGAAAAUUUGGAAUAUUGAAAAAGAACAAGCCUCCAGUGACCUGGAGAUGUACUGGGAAAAUGGAGAGUACAUAGAGCUCUCACACACCGCACUACUUCCGGGAAAUCAGCUCCUUGCAGCGACAGAUACCGGAACAACCUAUGUGUUGGACAUUACGACAGGGCAUACGUUGGUUGAAAACUCCUUUCAUCGCGGUGAAGUUCGUAUAUCGUCCAGUCGCAGCGACACCUACUUGACCUACGGUGAAGACGCCCAGGAUCAGACCAUCGCUGUGUGGAGCAAAUCAAAGGUGGCUCCCAAGGCUACCUUCACUUCCGAUCAGCAGCUGGAUGAAGUGACGCUUAGUGAAGAUGGGAACUUCAUCAUCGGCUGUCUGAGAAACCCUGCGAGAAUAGUCACUUGGCACGUUCAAGACGGAACUAUAUCACGUGAAAAGUGCAUGGAUGGCAAAGCCCUUUUCAGAAAUGAAAUACUGGACAUGGAUCUCAAACUGGACGACGAGGAAACAACCGAAGACAGGUACUCGACAGAUGACAAUCUCGAGUCCGCCGACGAAGAGGGAGGAAACCUUGGCGAUAUAUUUGGAUGACGUAUCAAUUACAACACGGUACACCACAGUCGUAUGGUAGACAGUAGACAGUCUCAUUCGUCACCACUGGCCGUGACCUGCAAGAAGACUCGUCCCCCUAUCGAUGAAUGUUAUGUGCGAAAGUACGACAACCCAAUCAGAAUGCGCGUUUGAUUUCAAGUUCUUCGCCAAAGAAUCCCUCAGAAAUAAUUUUUGAUUUUACAUAUAUGUCUUGCAUCUAAAAAUAUAACCUAGAUACAGUUAAAUGUGUUCAAUCAUAGUGUAUAAUUACACAUGUCACGUUGUGCUUCAAAUUGCAUCUGAAAUAUAUGUAAUAUAUGGGGAAAUAUAUGUGAACCGUUACGCAACAAUUUGACAAUGGUUUUAGGUAUGUCCGUUUGCGCUAAGACGGAACCCGGUCGCAAAAAUGGGCAUGAGAGGGCACGAGUCGCUAUUCGGCUUGUCCCGGAAUAACACGAGUUGGUCACCAAUGCCCCUACACUGUCACCUGAAGCCUGGGUGCGACUUCAUCCACUUAAAAAGCAUUAUAUGACACAGUCUACCAAUACCAUUAAUACAGCAUUCGAGAAAGCAUUCAUAGCAUGGAAUACUUUGAUAAUCACAAUGCUGUAGAUUGUAAUCAAGUUAAAUUGCUUACCUUUGACAGUAUUUGUAACAGUGCUGUAAGUUACAUUUGGAUACUGAAACUGACUUUGGCUCAGUUUAACUCCUAUCAAUGUAUAUCAAGAUUCUGAGACUCCAAUAUAUCAUUAAGCAGCUGUUGGAGGGAAGAGACGCCGUAUGGCUGAUAUAAUACGACAUACGAAAGUACUUACGAAUUUACUUUAGAACUGAUUUUCACGUUGUGUGGGUUCAUUCGAGCAUGAACCUUCAUACUCCAAUGAACUCUAACAAAGUGAAAGUCAAUUCUUAUAAUUUAUUCAUAUCAUUAUUUUAUACCUCUAGGGUUGUAUUACACAAUUUGAUGUAGAACGUGUGACUACCUGCUGGAAUACAACAACCCACUGUGACGCGGGAAAAUAAUAGUUCACCAAAAGGAGAGGCUGUAUGUAUGCUCAAAUUGCUCUACAGAAACAUCUUUUUUAGUUUGGAUACAACAAAUAGAUUCAAAUAAUAUCAUCAUUAGAUGAUACAGGUCUCUUACGAACUACCUCAGAGAGUCGGUCACAGUGACAGCGCGUCGUAAUACAUUAACGUCAAAUACAAGACGUCAACAUGGCCGACACAAUAAACGUGAUGGGAGAGAUUUCCGACGUUGUUAAUGAACCUGUGGCGAUAACAAGUGUUCGUGAGCAUUGAUCAAUUUGCCGAUCAUUCACACUCUUAUGAACGUCAGUUUCGCGCUCAUUUGGUCUGAGACAUGCAUCAAUUCGGGCUUUCCUCCGAAAUUAAGCUGACACGCCGCUAUAUAACUGGAAUACUGUUAAAAGCGGCGUUAAACCCACCUUACUCAUUCAUUCGACCGACCCCACGUCCAAUGGAGGAGUAAAUCGUAAAUCGUGUAAACUUCACAUUAAUAUAAUAUUUUUGAUAAACAAUGUAAUCUGCCUGAUUAGACCAGGAUGUGUUCGAUAGUUAUAACUAGCAUUUGUUGAAUAAUGUGAUCAUCAUCUUAGAUCGGCGCAUCAUGCGCUUCUGUCACAGUACAUUUCUACAAUAUGAUACUUAUUGGUCGGUUUUCAUCAUACGGUCCCCUAAAUGCUCUAUUUUUCAUCAAGCUGGGAUUUUUCAAAUUUUAGUUUAAAACGACAGUAUAUUAGAAAUGAUCUCGACUACCUACACCAUAUGAAGUAUAUAAACUCAUUUGUGUUCCAUCACACAUGAACAAUGUUUUCUGCUGCUGCGUUUAAAAGCUCGGUGGGUUUGUUUUUUGCUCGGAUGCGAUUACCGUACAAAUCAUGAAAGUAGAAAAAAAAUCUCAAUUGAGAGGUUUUUGUAUUACCGCCGAGUCUGAAAACCUAAUUUAGCAAUAAAAUAUAUCACAAACUGUUCUCGUGCAUAUCAUGCAAGAUAUUAAACUCACCAACGACAGCACGUUUAAAUAAUUGUCAGGAUCUUGGCCAUUUGUUAAUACUUACCGACCAUAUGUUUACACAAUAGACAAAAUAAUAAUUUGAAAGUGUUUUUUAUACUUCAAGUUUUGAAAAGAAAUCCGUGAGCCAACUAACAAAAAACAUGCCCUACAAUGGCAAGUAAAAUUUGAUGUUUAUUGUGUGUUUUAUGUAUUUUAAUAUGGUGUUCAACAACGUCAAAUACCAUACGCAAAUACAAUGUCCUUGUAUGUAGAGAGACUGUGCCUCGUUAUCAACAGUAGUAAUUGUCGUGUCCUUUUUGUCGCAUUAUGUUUGUUUGUGAGGGUUAGAAGAAGUCAUUACUCGUCAAAGGGUCAUACUCAGUAUGAAAAAUGUAUGUACAAUUCCAUUUGUUGUCGUAAAUCUGCGGCCUACAGAGGCUAUAGUGCUUGGUGAUAACUUUGGACGAUGGGACAAUUGAAUAGGAAAUUGUCAUUUUUUCAAAGUGUGCCAUGUGGACCCAGUGGAAUCUGUUUCAUGGUCGACAAUCGAGACGUUCUCUGGCGUUGACAGUAUAUAUUUAUCGUUUGGUUUAAGGUGAAACGCCUUGAAGUCUAUUACAUGUAUUUUGGUAUAACAUCUCGCUACAAAAGAGAUAGGGAGUAUUUUGUCCCUACGUACACUUCUUGCAAGAAUUAUCCUAAAAAAACGACUUUUGAAUAAAUACUGGGUCGCGUCAACUGUUAACUUUCCAUAUGUGUCGACACCACAAUCACACAGUAUUGAUGCGGAGGAUAUAUAUUUAUGUAUGUGUGUCUCUUCUACAUCUACACCAAUGCAUGUGUGGUACAGUCAAACACUGUUGUGUCGGAAGAUGAAGGGACCUACGUAAAUACUUCGAGUUAUCCGAGAUUCGACACAUCCGAAAAUGAUGAGUAAAGAAGGAAUACGCAGGGUCCGGUCCAAGCUUUUACUUCGUGACAAGCGUAUGUUCGACACAUCAAAGUUCGACACAACGGUGUUUAGAUGUGUUAUCAUCAUCUGUGGUAUUGUUAUAUUAUUUUUUUAAUGUUGACUCUCGUUGUAUUGAAGUACUUCGCAGCCUAUAGGCUGGCCAUCAGUUUCAACCGUUUUAAUGUAUUACAAUACGAGUAGUUUGAGACGGAUGACAUCAAUGAGAUAAUCAAAAAUUCGGCAACGAGAUCCUUUGCGAGACUCUUGUGUGUACAAAGAAAUGGUUUCACACUUUGUACAAUUGUU